AAAACCUGUCUCGAGGGAAAAAAAAAAAGUUGAGCAUCUCUUCAUGUAGCAUAUCCAAAACUUAGCCUCUGGGCUCCUGUCUCACUUAAGACAGUUCCAUUCUUCUGUUUCCUGUGUUCCAAAAACUGUUGGUCUCAACUCCUGUCAUACCCUGUGAGCAUAUCCUGUUGGCUCUACCUUUUCAAUGUAUCCUAAUGUUAACACUUUUACUCACACACCCCCCAUUGCCACCACCUUGGACCAAACUAUUAUAAUCCCUUAAAUGGAUUGUGGCAAUAUUUUAACUUCUUUUUCUACCUUUGCUUGUUUGAGUCUUUUGGCAUCAACAGAGAAGUUCAAUUUACAUAUGUUAUCCCUCUCCUCAAAAUCUUCUAUGGCUUAGUUUCUCCCAUGUAACAGUUAACAUGCAUGUGGUGACCUAGCAGCUCCUGAAGAAGUCUGCUUCCUUUCAGGGUUUUGGCUUCAUCCAUUUGCCAUCCUUAGCCUGCGGCACUGAUCUAGUGCUCCUCAAGUUCCUCUCGUGCAGCCUGCAUCAGGAAUGUGGCACCUUGCUUGUCCCAGUGUCUGGAAGUAUCUCACCAAAUACUCACAUGGGAAAACUAUAAUCCUAUACUCCGAAGUUUCUUUGCUCCAUCUCUUGAAGAUGCAUGUCAUGUUUACAGCGAAGGUACUCCCUUCAGCCUGUGCUGAAGAAGAUUCCAAACCGGUACUUAGGCCAGCCCAGCCCAGUUACACAUCCACACCUCCUCAGACCAGGGGAGGUGACACCAGGACUGUCCCAGGUGGAAUAUGCACUUCGAAGACACAAGCUGAUGGCUCUGGUCCACAAGGAAGCACAGGAGCACAGUGGAACCGACCACACGGUGGUGGUCCUCUCUAACCCUACGUACUACAUGAGCAAUGACAUCCCCUACACGUUCCACCAGGACAACAAUUUCCUGUAUCUGUGUGGAUUCCAGGAGCCUGACAGCAUUCUGGUCCUUCAGAGCUUCUCUGGGAAGCAGUUGCCAUCCCAUAAGGCCAUGCUUUUUGUGCCUCGGAGAGACCCUGGUCGAGAACUGUGGGAUGGCCCUCGGUCUGGCACGGAUGGAGCGAUAGCCCUCACUGGGGUGGAUGAAGCCUACACCCUGGAAGAAUUUCAACACCUAGUACCUAAACUGAAAGCUGAGACGAGCAUGGUUUGGUAUGACUGGAUGAAGCCUUCUCAUACACAGCUUCACUCAGACUACAUGCAGCAUCUAACUGAAGCCAAAGCCAGGAGCAAAAACAAGGUUCGGAGUGUCCAGCAGCUGAUCCAGCGCCUCCGGCUAGUUAAAUCUCCUGCAGAGAUUAAGAGAAUGCAGAUUGCUGGGAAACUGACAUCAGAGGCUUUCAUAGAGACCAUGUUUGCCAGUAAAGCUCCAGUAGACGAAGCCUUUCUUUAUGCGAAGUUUGAAUUUGAAUGCCGGGCCCGAGGUGCAGACAUCUUAGCCUACCCACCCGUGGUUGCAGGCGGUAAUCGCUCGAACACUUUGCACUAUGUGAAGAACAAUCAGCUCAUCAAGGAUGGUGAGAUGGUGCUUCUUGAUGGAGGUUGUGAAUCUUCCUGCUAUGUGAGUGACAUCACCCGGACAUGGCCUGUCAAUGGCAGGUUCACCGCACCUCAGGCAGAGCUCUAUGAAGCUGUUCUAGAGAUCCAGAGAGCGUGUUUGACCCUGUGCUCUCCUGGGACAAGCUUGGAGAACAUCUACAGGGUGAUGUUGACACUAAUGGGGCAGAAGCUGAAGGAUCUGGGGGUCCUGAGGAACAGCAAAGAAAGCGCCUUCAAGGCUGCUCGGAAAUACUGCCCUCAUCAUGUUGGCCAUUACCUUGGAAUGGAUGUCCAUGACACUCCAGACAUGCCUCGUUCACUCCCUCUGCAGCCUGGUAUGGUGAUCACAAUUGAACCAGGCAUUUAUAUUCCAGAGGAUGACAGAGAUGCACCAGAGAAGUUUCGAGGUCUUGGAGUACGGAUUGAGGAUGAUGUCGUGGUGACUCAGGACUCACCUCUGAUCCUUUCUGCAGAUUGUCCCAAAGAGAUGAAUGACAUUGAACAGAUCUGCAGCAGGACCUCUUGACCACCACUGGAGCCGGUACAUCUCAGGUCCAAGACUGGCAUCCUAGCCUGUGUGUGCAGUCAGUGUCUCUGUGGGGGAUUAGACCCAGGUUCCAUGGGGAGUGCACAGCUGUAUGAUGGAUGUCCCUGGAUAUGAGGACAUUUUCAUGUUAAAUAGAUGUAAAUCUGAAGUGGUGAACUCUGGAACAAUCUGUUACUAGGACUUUAGCAACAUUAAUUCUGAAAAGUUAAUGAUCAGAAAGUUUAACAUGUGGAUGUAAAGUACAGGUUUGGUUGUGUUCCCAUGCAUUCCAGUUAACACAUUUCAGCAAAAAAUCUUCUCUUCAAGUUCUUCUCUUCCUGCUCAUGUGCUAAGAUCCACAUCCUAUCCUAAGAUGCUUGUGUGAUGCCUGUAUUUUUACUCUUCACCAAAGUCUCUGCCUAUUCUAAAAGCUACCUUUCAGUGUUCCAAGUGGCCAGUACUUAUCUUCCAUGAUCUCUGCCUCCCCAGCCAAGUUUUUCACAUCAAGUGGAACCUCUCAGGCUCAGGAAACACGGGUGUCCUGCAGUCUUUCCAUUCAGCCACAGGACAGCAACACCAGCACCCAACGAGAAUCUUGAUCUUUCUUGGCAUUCAGUUGCCUAGCACCUAGAAAGUGCCCAGGUUCUUCUAAGGAAGAAGAUGAAAGAGAAGGAAAAGUAUCUGUGUCCCCACAGAUCCAGGCCUUGAGCUCUGUUUUCUUCAAUUUAAAGGGGAUUCUUUUUCAACCAUUCACCUUCCUGUCCUUCAUAGGUUCUUCUUAGACAAAAUGUCAUUGUGUGCCUCAGAUCCUUCAUCAGUUGCUUUCCUAAUGACAGGCUCUUAUGUAGCUCAGGCUGGCCUCAAACUACCCAUCUUCCUGUACCCUCCCCACCUUUGUAGGGUUUUUAUGAUUUGGUUGGUUGGUUGGUUGGUUUUUCGAGACAGGGUUUCUCUGUGUAGCCCUGGCUAUCCUGGAACUCUCUGUAGACCAGGCUGGCCUCGAACUCAGAGAUCUGCCUCCCUGCUGGGAUUAAAGGCAUGAGCCACCACCUUCCAGCCCUUUAUAGGUUCUUUUGAACUGAUCCACAUAGCUACUUGCAGUAUUUAUUGUCAAAAUCAUUAAGAUAGGACCCAGUCUGGGCAUAAUGGCUAGUGCCUGUAAUUUCAGUAUUCUAAAGGCAGAGGCAAGAUUGUCACAAUUCAUGCCCCAGACCAGCCUGGUCCAUAUAGCAAGUUAUAAGCCAGCCAUAGCAAUAUGAAGAGACCCUGUCAAAAAAAUCAAAACAACAGCCGGGCAGUGGUGGCGCACGCCUUUAAUCCCAGCACUCGGGAGGCAGAGGCAGGCGGAUCUCUGUGAGUUCGAGGCCAGCCUGGUCUACAAAGUGAGUUCCAGGAAAGGCGCAAAACUACAGAGAAACCCUUUCUCGAAAAACCAAAAAAAAAAAAAAAAAAAAUCAAAACAAAACAAAAAUAGUACUACAAUCUUAGGUAGUACUGUAUAUCUCUACUGCCAAUAAAAAUAAAAUCCACUCAUGGUAGUUGUGAAAACCCUAUGGUCUACUUUUUGGUUUGGUUUGGUUUUGGUUUUUCUAGACAGGGUUUCUUUGUGUGACAGCCCUAGCUGUCCUGAAACUCACUCUAUAGACCAGGCUGGCCUCAAACUCACAGAGAUCCACUUGUCUCCGCCUCUGGAGGGCAGAGAUUAAAGGCGUGCACCAUGUGGUCCACUCCUUACUCUAAGCUAGGGAUGGCAUGGCAAUGGCAAAGAGUCAUGUUUCUUUCUCCAAACAUAGCAUCAGGUUCAGUUGUACAACGCAGCUUACAUGGUGAGCAGGAGGGCUGUAUUAAUAUAGACACUUUAUUCAAAAGCUCAUGUGGGGCUGGAGAGAUGGCUCAGCGCUUAAGAACAUCUGGCUGUUCUUCCAGAGGUCCUGAGUUCAAUUCCCAGCAACCACAUGGUGGCUCACAACCUUCUGUAAUGGGAUCUGGCGCCCCCUUCUGGUCUUCAGGCAUACAUGCAGACAACACUGUAUACAUAAUAAAAUUAAAUCUUUAAAAAAAAAAAAA